CAUAUAUGUUUUGUAGGCCGUAUAUUAACAGUGCAGAUUCCAGGUUUGUGCUUGUCUGAAAGUAUGUCCCAAUCGCGUAUACGUAAGCCGCUUACGGCAGCGGCCGCAGGCGAUGCUAGCCCGCAUCGGGUUCCCACCACUAAGACCCACGGAGACUCUGCCAAGCCCCAGCAACCCCAGCUAAGCAGGAAAAAUAAAAGCAGGAGUAAAAUACCAAAGAGCAUACGCCACGACUUGGAGAACGCUUUAGUUGGUCUGUGUGAUGUGUGGUUCGAAGAGAUCAAACCUCAUUUGCUUCGUAACAACAUAAAGGUGCACAUUCACAACACGGACGGUGCCGGCGUCAUCGGCGCGGGCGCAGGAGACCACAACCGCGAGCGCCUGCCGUCCGGGUCGCCUGGCUGCUCCCACCUCAACCCAGGUGCUGCCUCCGAUCGUCUUCAGCGUCAAGUUGCGAGUUGUGCAGACUGUUCUUCAACGCGGCGAAUGGCAUCGAAAGUGCAGUCACGCAAGCCAAGGCUGCCAACUUUCAAGCUUCUAUCUCCCAUAAAUUCGUUACCGAGAUCACUAACACCAGAGAAACCAUAUCCUAAGAAGCAAGAGAUACCGCCUCCACCGCCACCGCAGGCGAGAACUCGACGGCGACGGCGGCGGUGGACCGUGCAGUCGCCGCUCGAUGCAGUGCCAUUUCCCCAAAGUAACUGGCGAGUGCCACGCCCCUGCCGCCCAUAUAGCCUGUCUCCGCAUUCCACCUCCAAGAGAGACGCGAGUCCAAGCCCAUGCUCAGUCAGAUCAUGCUCACCAACAGUAUCGCAUUGCACAAAUGAAUACGUACGUAAUAACAAAUGUAGUCAAGGAAACAUAAUAAGGAAAUAUUCACGUACAAAAAAUACAUUUCCAAGUACCAAGAAGCAAAGCAUACUUCCAACAGUGUUAACACGAACUAGAGCUACUCAGACUGACUGGACAUAUAACAAUAAACUGCAAGAUAUUUCGCCGCAGCGUUCACUAAACAAAAGGACAAUUUCGUUGUCCAACCCUUCAAAAUCUACUUCGACACACCGCCUAACUACCUCUACAUUUCGUAAUAAAUCACCUGAUCCACUUAAGAAAAUCGUUUCGCCAAAACAAUCACGAAAAAUACGACUUGAGAACGAAUUAUCAUCAGCUACUUUGGUGCAAUUCAGAUCUUUGUCACGAAACUGCCAAAAAAAGACUGGGAAUAAGACCGAAAAAAAACGGUCAGGGUCUUCUCUAGUAAGAGGCUCUUAUAAAUGUAGUCGAGAGAACUUUUCAACCUCUUACACAUUGCCCGUCGUCGAAAUGUCACCGCUUUUCACAGAUGAUCUCAUAGAAAUAAUAGGGGAAAAUCACGAUAGACUAGUAAGAAAGUUAAAUCAGCCCUCGAGGAGGAAAGCGGCUCCGUCUACUAUGACCCUUUUCCUACUAAAGAGGAAAAUCUGUCGCGUUAAAAAACAGCCACCCUGGAGGUGAGGCCGUGUUUACGUACGCUACUUUAAUGUCAUUAGGUAAGAAUACCCAUCACUCGGUUAUGUUUUUUUAGCGCGUAGAAGAAUAUAGAUAUACUUAUGUAUAUAUCAUGUCUACAGUUUGAUAUUUUGUUUUUUGAUUAGGUUCUAGUUUAUUAUUGUAUAU